AUGCACUGCAACUUCACGGGGACGCUGCUCGUCAGCGUGCUCCCCACAGUUUUGUCCAUAGAGUUUAUUUUGGGGGCACUGAGCAACGGCCUGGCCCUGUGGAUCUUCUGCUUCCACCUGCGGCCCUGGAAGAGCAGCACGGUGCUGCUCUUCAACCUGGCCAUGGCCGACUUCCUGCUCAACAUGAUUUUGCCCUUCCGCGCCAGCUACUACAACUCGGGCAUCAAGUGGAGAUUUGGGAAAACGCUCUGCAACAUUUCACAGUUCAUGCUGGCCCUCAACCGCACGGGCAGCACCCUCUUCCUGAUGGCCAUCGCGUUGGACCGCUACAUCCGCGUGGUGCACCCGCACCACUCCAUCAACUCCCUGAGCCCCUCCAAGGCCAUGUGCGGAGCGGUCGUGCUCUGGCUGGUCACCGUCUGCAUGACUGCCAACGCCUUGACCCUGCAGAACUUCCGCUCAGACUAUUGCGAGAGCUUCCUGGUGGAAACCUCGGCCAAGGGGAACCGGCUGUGGCACAAAUUCAACUUUCUCUUUUCCUGCUGGAUGCCUCUGCUGGUCAUCCUGUUCUGCACCAUUCGCAUCAUCUGUCAGCUGAAAGGAAGACAGCUGAGCCAGCACGGGAAGAUCAAGAAGGCGCUGUGGUUCAUCACGGUGGUGGUGGUGGUCUUCAUCGUAUGCUUCCUGCCCAGCAACAUUGCACAGCUUCUCAUUUGGAUCGAAACCCAAGAGGCCCUCAAGACCCUGCCGGAGUCGGAGGUGUGCGCCGCCAUGGACAACCUGACCGUGGUCUUCUACAUGACCGUCAGCCUCACCUAUCUCAACAGCGCCCUGGACCCCGUCGUCUACUACUUCUCCAGCCCGACCUUCAAGAACAUCUGCAGGAAGUCGCUCCACCUGCCGCAGGCUGAAACCACCGAAAGCACAGAGAAGAGGACCCGAGAAACUGGAUCGCACUCGUGUAGCCAGAUUUAGCAAGCAAAAUCUACAACUCUUGAUGUUUCCUGUCAGACGUAAGAAGUUCACACCACCGUAAUAUGUCAUGUCAAAGAGAGCCUAUGUCAUGUCACCUGCACUUUCACUGCUAUUCUUCUAUCUCAUCUCAUUAUUCAUUAAAAUGACUU